AUGAUGGCCGCUCUGCCGCGGUGGACGCCCCUCCUCCUCGCGCUGCUCCAUGUCCUAAUCGGCGGGGCGGCGGCGGCGGCGCCGUUCCGGGCGAGGGACCUGCUCCCGCUGCUGCCGCGGCGGCUGGCGUGGCAGCUCAUGGGCGCCACGGCCCACAGCGCCGUCGACCUGCUCCCAUCGUUCGUUGCCGCCGUGGCGCCGGGCGGGCCCGCCGCCGCCUGGCGCGGCGCGUGCUUCGCGGAGAACCAGGCCGUACUCAGCCUCACCCCCGGCUCCGGCGGCGCGCCCGGCCGCAACGGGACCGCCGGGGGACUCAACAGCACCACCUCUGGCCUCGGUGGCGCCGUCCUCCGCCUCAAGACUGCUUCGCCUCAGAGCUGGACAUGCAUGGAUUUGUAUGUGUUUGCGACGCCAUACAGGAUAGCCUGGGAUUACUAUAUGAGGUCAAAUGAAAACCACACCUUUGAGAUUAAAGCGUGGGAGGAAGCAGCAGAAAUGGAAUAUGUAAAGCAGCAUGGAAUUGCCAUUUUUCUCAUGCCAUCUGGAAUGCUUGGGACAUUGUUAUCCUUGAUUGAUGUUGUACCUUUGUUUUCAAACACCGGUUGGGGACAGGAUGCCAACUUGGCAUUUCUUCAGAAGCAUAUGGGAACUUCAUUUCAGAAACGUUCUGAGCCCUGGUCUGCGAAUAUAAGGAGAGAAGAUGUACAUUCGGGUGACUUUUUGGCCCUUUCAAAAAUCCGAGGGCGAUGGGGUGGAUUUCAGACAUUGGAGAAAUGGGUGACCGGCGCAUUUGCUGGGCAUACUGCAGUUUUCUUGAAAGAUGAGAAUGGCACCCUCUGGGUUGCAGAGUCAGGCUAUGAAAAUAAAAAGGGUGAUGAAAUCAUUAGUAUGACUCCAUGGGAUGAAUGGUGGGGAAUGGCACUUAAAGAUGACUCAAAUCCUCAGAUAGCACUUCUGCCAUUGCACCCUGAUGUACGGGCCAGAUUCAAUGAGAGUGCUGCAUGGGAUUUUGCGCAAAGCAUGUAUGGAAAACCCUAUGGUUAUCAUAAUAUGAUAUUUAGUUGGAUUGAUACAAUGUCAGAUAAUUAUCCACCUCCUCUUGACGCUAACCUGGUAAUGGCUAUUAUGUCCAUGUGGAGCAGAUUGCAGCCACGCUAUGCUUCUAACAUGUGGAAUGAAGCCCUUAAUAAACGGCUUGGGACUGAGAAACUGGACCUUCAUGGGAUCAUUACAGAGACAGAGAGACGCGGCUUGUCUUUCAACCAGCUGCUCACCAUACCUGAACGAGAUGAUUGGGAAUACAGCGAUGGCAAAUCAACGACGUGCGUUGCCUUCAUUCUGUCAAUGUACAAGGCGGCCGGCGUUUUCGCGCCCUUCACGGACUCAAUCCAGGUCACUGAAUUCACCAUCCGGGACGCGUACAUGCUCAAGAUCUUCGAGGACAACCAGACGAGGCUGCCCAGCUGGUGCAACGCGGCGGCGGACAGGCUCCCCUUCUGCCAGAUCCUCGGGGAGUACAAGAUGGACCUGCCGGAGUACAACACGAUUGAGCCCUACGCCAACAUGAACGAGAACUGCCCCUCGGCGCCGCCCACCUACAAUCGGCCAUCGAACUGCUAG